AUGCUUCCGGCAGUUUUCAAAAUUCGAGUCCUACUACUCACCGGCUCUAGAUCCGUCCUCUCUGACGUCAUUUCCGGUGCUGCGCGGAAGGUUCUCGGAUUGUGGGACCGGGCGCAGGUGUCUGUGACACUGCAUACAGAUGUAGGUGAUAUUAAAAUAGAAGUCUUCUGUGAGAGGACGCCCAGAACCUGUGAAAAUUUCUUGGCUCUUUGUGCAAGUAAUUACUACAAUGGUUGUAUAUUUCAUAGAAAUAUCAAGGGUUUUAUGGUUCAAACAGGAGAUCCAACAGGUACUGGAAGAGGAGGUAAUAGUAUAUGGGGAAAGAAGUUUGAGGAUGAAUACAGUGAAUAUCUUAAGCACAGUGUUAGAGGUGUUGUAUCUAUGGCUAAUAAUGGUCCAAAUACCAAUGGGUCCCAGUUCUUCAUCACCUAUGGCAAGCAACCACAUUUGGACAUGAAGUACACUGUCUUUGGAAAGGUAAUAGAUGGUCUAGAGACCCUAGAUGAAUUGGAGAAGUUACCAGUAAAUGAGAAGACGUAUCGACCUCUUAAUGAUGUACAUAUUAAGGACAUAACUAUUCAUGCCAAUCCAUUUGCUCAGUAA